CUCUGUUCCAGCAUCCAAAGCAGUUUGGUCCACACAGUCUAAUCGGCAUUCAUAAAGCGAGCAGACGUUUCGUGGGCGCGGUAAAAGCAAAAAGUAUCGUCAUGAACCUCCCGAGCGAAUACAAGAAGCUGAUUUGCGUCAAGGUAACUUCCAACUUUAGGGAAGCAGUGUCCGUCGUCACGGAACAGACACCUAAACUGAAGCACGACGAGGUUUUUCUGAAGACCAAGUAUGCCGGUAUCAACGCUUCAGAUUGGAACAUUACCGUGGCAAGGUACAGUGCAGCGACACCGCCAUUUAACGUCGGCUUCGAUUCCGUGGCCGAAGUGGUUGCCGUCGGCGAUGACGUCAAACAUCUCCCCGUCGGCAGUGCGGUGGCUACAAUCAACAUGCCCGGUUUUGGUGCUUUCUCCGAGUAUCAACGUAUUCGGGCGUCGAAGGUGUUUCCGAUUCCGAGAGCAGUGCCUGAAGUUAUACCGCUUUUAAUAAGUGGACUGACUGCUGCAAUCGGCUUGGACGAGCAAGGUAGGAUAAAAGAGGGCGAAACCGUCUUAAUAACUGGAGCUGCCGGCGGGCUGGGCCACGUCGCCGUGCAGUGGGCCAAGGCUGCAAAAUGCCACGUCAUCGGCACAUGUUCCUCGCCGGAGAAGAAGGUGUACCUCAAGAGCAUCGGUUGCGACAAAGUCAUAAACUACAAGACUCAUGACCUAGGCACGGAAGUGGAAAAGAGCUACCCGAAUGGUGUGGACGUCAUCUGGGAUGUCAUCGGUGGAAAGACGUUUGAAGUCCUCCUGAAUCAUCUGAGCAUCAGAGGAAGACUUGUGGUGGUGGGCACCGUCGUUGCAGGGUACCAGGACAGCGACAAGGCUUUUCCUGAUGUGAAUCUCGAGGACUUGCCUUCUAAGCUGCUGAUGCGUUCGGCCACUGUGAGCGGAUUUUUUCUCCCCCAAUACUAUCGUCCGUUUCCAGAAUAUCUGGCAAAGCUCCAGAAGAUGCUGCAGGAUGGCACAAUCUCUCCUAAGGUGGACUUCGGGCUCAACGCAGAUGGAGGUGAGCUGAAGGGGCUUGACGGCUGCAUUCGAGGCAUCGAGUACCUCCACUCCGGAAAGAGCGUCGGCAAGGUAGUUGUGAAGUUGGACGAAUCCGCAUAGACUUUAAUACGCAAUACAUCAGAAAAACUGUCACUUCUGAAGUUCUGGUAAUGCAACGCUGGACCCAGGCAUUUCUCUUCUUGUGUUGGUAAAGAUUAUUUUGUGUAAAAUAAAAAGUAAUGUCAGAAUUCGUAAUAACA